UAGUCCAAAUCCCGUUCCAUAAAAAUUGGUUGAAGAAAGAAAAAAAAAGGGGAACACGAUAGAAACUAGAUUCAAGUUGAGUCCGAAGCCAUUACGUCGCUGGAGUGCCCUAAUCUCCACUCGUACCAAGACCUGGACAACCAAAACGAAGUCUGGGAAUUCAUAUAGGGGACGUUGUGAACCAAGAUAUUCAAGAUCAGGAACUCGGUGCAUUAGGCAUUCCUAUUUUCUUGGAAUUACAAAAUCCCAAGUUCAUAUAUUCAGACACUUCCAGAUCAAGGCGUUAUUGCCCGACUUGACUCAACCACAGAGAGAAAAUGGCGGCGAAUUUCUGGGCAUCGUCUCACUGUAAGCAGCUCGUGGAGCAAGAGGAUGUGGAUGUGGUCCACUCACUUGAUAAGGAGAAGGGUUUAACCCUCGACGAAUUCAAACUUAUCAAAAUUCAUAUGUCAAAUCAUAUUUCAAAGCUUGGCGAACGAGUUAAAGUACAACAGAGGGUGGUCGCUACUGCAAUUGCUUAUUUCAGACGUGUUUAUACAAGAAAGAGCAUGACAGAGUAUGAUCCACGUCUAGUCGCACCUACCUGUUUGUACCUUGCAGCCAAAGCAGAAGAGAGCACUGUACAGGCUAAGCUUAUUGCAUUUUAUUUGAGAAAAUGCCCUGAGCCAUAUGUCUUUGAAAUCAAAGACAUUCUUGAGAUGGAGAUGAAGCUUCUGGAAGCACUUGACUACUAUUUAGUUAUUUAUCAUCCAUAUCGUUCACUGCUUCAGCUAUUGCAGGAUGCUGGCAUGCAAGAUUUGACCAUCCCAGCAUGGUCCAUUGUCAAUGAUACGUACAAGAUGGAUCUCAUUCUUUGUCAUCCUCCUUAUAUGAUUGCUUUAGCCUGCAUAUACAUUGCAAGCGUACUGAAUGAUAGAGACACAAAUACAUGGUUUGAGGAGCUUCGUGUAGACAUGAAUGUGAUUAAGAAUAUUGCAGUUGAGAUAUUGGAUUUUUAUGAUGUAUAUAAACCGACAACUGAAGACAGAAUAAAUGCAGCUCUUACCAAAUUAACUGCAAAGACCUAAUGGCUUCAUCAACCAUGACAAUAGAGGUCUUCCUGACAGUGUACAGCAAAUUUUGGAGGACUGACGCCCUGUCCAGUUGAAGUUGUCAUUCGAUCAAAGGGAAAACGGAACUCCUGUAUAUCUUUGUUGACGAAACAUGCAGCCAUAGAAGUGCUUGUUCACUGCUGCUUUUAUCUCGUUAUCUUAAUGAAUGAAAUUUAUGCAUCAUUUUUGUGCA